UAUGGCGAUAUCUCAAUGUUGUUUGUUGAGAACCGUUUGUUGAUCGUCUGUAAUUUCUAACUAUUUUAACUGCAUUGACCUUGAAACAGAGUAAAAAUGAAACAGUUAUUUUUAAAUAACUAUCGAGUUACGCUUAAAAGCAGAUUACUAGUACGUUCAGUUUCUCAAUAUGAUAAAGCAAAGCAGUUUAACUUUGUCAGAAACAAAAUAAUGCUAGUUAUGAAGAGAAACUACGCUGCCUAUAAACCGCCUAGAAAGUUUAGAAAAGAUCUGUUGCCAUUUGAAAAGUCGUUAGACAGCAGUUCAACAAUGACUGCUUUCCAGUGUCACACAUGGGGGCGGAAAGCAUUUGUGGUGUCUUUUGCUGGUGUUUUUCUGGGUGUAACUUUACUAAAUAUGGCCGAGUUAACUUAUAAAAUUCUAGAACAAAUUGAUAAACAAAGAACAUAUAAAGAUGAGAAUGACUAUCCAUGGUUUUACUGGUGGAAACAUUUUGAUGUAAAUCUGGGUAGCGCGCCAAUGAGGAUUGGCUUGACAGCAUUUGUUUUCAUAUUUGCUGGUGUAGUGUUCGUGUAUUCCAUGGUGAUGCCUGCACGAGUUGUGCGAGAACUUACUCUACUCAAGGGAGGCCAGAAAAUGUUAAUAGAGACAUAUGGACCAUUUGGCUUUCAUAGAUCCUUUGAGGUGCCAUUGAGAGAUGUGUCUGCUGUAUGGGGUCCUAAAAUGGUUGAACAGGAAAAAACUAUGCCUCUUAAGGUGAAAGGAAAACGCCUCUUUUUCCAAGUGUAUUUAGAUGAAGGAAAAAUUACAAACAAGGAUUUAUUUGAUCAUUCUGUUGCAGUGCAAAGAUUCGAAGUGAGAGGAAAGCUUGAAAAAUGAUUACUAUCUAUAACAUUUUAAACUUGGUAUUGAAACAAAUACAAAGUCCAAACUCACAAUGUCGAUCUCUGAUAUCUCGUUUUUCUGUUGAGUCAAAACUUUUUACUCAGUCCAAAAUGUAUUCCUUCUUUUUCUAUAUAAAAUAAUUUUUGUUAUGUCGAUUUUUCUAUCUUGAUUUUUUUCGCUAUGUCGAAGUCAUAUUUCAGUCCCUCUGGUCGAAUUUCACACUUUUUCUGUGUUCAUUGUGUCGAAAUGCUGAUCGAGCGAAAUAAUGCAUGAUGGUUUGCGGCAUGUCUCUUAAUUACCGAGCGUGUCAAAAUAACAAAAUGUGAUAAUUUGGAGUUUACUUGGUAAAUGUGAAUAAUUAAUGUUGUUUGUUUAUGGUUUUGAUUAAAGAGACAUUUAUUACUCAA